GUCUUGGUUUUUAACUGCGACGAGGGUAUAGAUGUUCACUCUAUGGGUCGAAUAUUCAUUGGCAUCGUAAAGUGUGGAGCUUGGGGCUGUUUUGACGAGUUCAACCGGCUGGAGGAAUCGGUUUUGUCAGCCAUUUCCAUGCAAAUUCAGUAUCACAAUUUUCCCAAUUCUGACGACUAA